UUAAUUAAAUAAUAUAAACUAUAAAUCAACAAAAAAUAAUAGCGCAAGGCGAAAACUAAUAUAAAAAUUAAGAAAAUUCGUGUAAAAAAAGACAGAAAGUGAGAAAAUCUCCGACUUUAAGAAAAACAUUUUCGCAGCUAAAAUAUAGUUCAGAAAAAUAUUUGGAAAGCGAAUUUCGAAAGGAUUAAAUAAGCGGCCAAGAACAGGUCCACUAUCUGAGCAAAAAAAACACUUUUUGGCGAAAAAGGAUAUAAUAUUUACCAAUUGUUUGAGCAUCAAGCAAGCGAACUUGAAAAAGGAAUAUUUCAGCAACUUCAUAGCUUGUGAUACAGAGCCAACAAAAAUAACUACGGUGAUCUUCAGUUGGCAUCAAAAUAUUGAACAGCCCAAAACAACAAAGAUUUGAAGAAUCUUUUGUCAAAAAAAAAAAAUAAAUAUUUUAACUUUAGACACAAAAAAUAACCACUUGGGAUCAAAGGAGAGGAGUUUAUAAGCAUAAAGUAGAAACCAAAUAAAAUAAGGAAAUCGUAAAAUUCAUUUAAUACAGAAUAAUAAAAAAUCUGAGCAUAAAAAUAUACUGACAAUUAAAUUUUUAAGAAGAAAGGUAAUAAAAAGUAAAGCACGAUAAUAAAAGAUUGCAAUAAAAAGAAACCUUCAACAAAAUAUGAAAAACCCCUUAAAAGCAACAAACACAAGUAGAACAGCAACAAAAGCAACAACAAUUGAGCUCACGAAAAAGGCGUGUUAAAGCUUUGUUGUUUUUUUUGUAAAGAAGAUCAAAAAAUCAAUGCAAAACACCAUUAAAAAGAAAGAAUCAACCAAUUAUAACAACAACAAGAAUAGCAGCAUAUACAAAAGUCUAACGAAGACAGAGCAAUCGUGUAACGGUCAAAAUGAGCUUUAACGAGCAAUAAAACCGUAAAGUUUAAUUGAUAAAAUUGAACAAAAAAAAAAAAACAAAAAACAAAAACAAACACCACAACGCAGGGAGCUAAAAAUCAAACUCCGCUAAAAAUAUCCAAAUCCUCUCUUUGAUUUUUUCAACACCACGUAGGGAGGAACAAAAAUCACAAUACACACACACCCGCACACAUCUUCUUCCAGCGAUAUGGCGAUCAACUUCUCCGCAUCUUUUGCGGCUUGUAUCGCCGCUGGACUGAAGGUGCCAAGACAAAUAAUGUACUGCAUCACGCAAGACACGGGGCAACCCUAUGUGCUGUACAAGGACUCACAAGAUGGCGAACGCAAUCCGGCAGCGAUUGGCGGUUCGGCUGCGCAGUGGGGCAGUGAAAUGUAUCCGGGUAUACAACAACAGGCGCAACAACAUUUGCAAGCGCAACAACAACAGAAUGGACAAAAUCCGGCAGCGCAAAUAGCUAGUGCAGCUCAGGCCGCAGCAGCGGCGGUGGCGCAACAGCAGCAGCAGCAGCAGCAGCAACAACAACAGGGUCAACAGCCGCAAAGUCCAACGGGUGAUCCGAAUGUACGUGAAAAUGGCGGCGAUGGCGUCGGCCGACAGCAGGGUUCGCCUUCGACCAGCCCGUAUCCACCGCAACAGCGCGUUAAUGGCGGCGGGCCACCCGAUGAUGAUGUCACCAUGAAUCAGGUCGCUAACCUGGCCGGCCAGCAGAAUUCAGCGCAGCCCAAUCCAAACCAAAGCAACAACGACCCGCAACGGCAUCAGUCAUCAGGCGGUGACGGCGGUACGGGGAAUCCACAACAGCACGUACAGAAUGGCGGUCCGACGCAACCGGGCCAACCUAACGAUAACUUCCAGGCGCCGCAGGGCGGCGAACUCGGUGGCUACUAUGCGCCACGCCAUCCAGGGCCUCAAGGUACCAUGCUGCCGCCACCCGGCUUUCCGGCAUUGCACUAUCUCAACAAACCCGUACUGCCUGGCAUGGCGAGUGCGAUGGAACAGAAUGGCGGUCUUGAGGGUUAUGCCAUGCCCGAACUGCUGCCGGGCGGAGGCGAUGGUGGCGGUGGUCAACAAGGCAAUAACGGUCAGCAGAAUGGUGGCGCUGGCGGUAAUGGCGGCAAUGCACAUGCCGGCGGUGCGAAUGGCAAUGGUGGUGGCGGUGGUGCGGAAGGUACAGGCGGUGCAACAGCUGGUACUAGUAAUGGCACCGGCGCUGGCACUGGCACCGGCAGUGGUGGUACUGGCACAGGUACCGGCACCGGCAGCGGUCGUGGACGUCAUCCCAAUCCAAAUAAACCGCCAAAACCGCACAGCGAUUUGCGUUUAUUCAAAUGCUUGACCUGCGGCAAAGAUUUCAAACAGAAGAGUACGCUACUACAACACGAUCGUAUACAUACAGAUGCACGUCCCUAUCCAUGUUCGGAGUGCGGCAAACGUUUCCGUCAGCAAUCGCAUCUAACACAACAUUUACGCAUACACGCGAAUGAGAAACCCUUCACAUGUGGCUAUUGUUCGCGCAGCUUCCGUCAGCGGGCGAUACUCAACCAACAUAUACGCAUCCAUUCGGGUGAGAAGCCCUACGCAUGCCCAGAGUGCGGCAAGCACUUUCGCCAGAAGGCCAUCCUCAAUCAACAUGUGCGCACCCACCAAGAUGUCUCACCGAAUCUUAUCUUCAAGAAUGGGCCACACCCGACGCUCUGGCCACAGGAUGUACCAUAUCCGGGUGAUGAGACUGAUACGAAGAAUGAUAUAGCCGGUGGUAGUGGGGGUUAUCAUGAUGAGGAUUCACAGGGUACGCCAGACGGCAGUGGCGGUAUACAUUAUCCAUCAUACUUUAAGGACAGCAAAGGUAAUAAGAACUGGCAAAAGAUCUUGCCAGACGUACUACAACAUAUCGGUGUGCGACCAGCCAAUAUGCCGCUCUAUGUGCGUUGUCCCAUCUGUGACAAGGAAUUCAAGCAGAAGACAACUCUACUGCAGCAUGGUUGCAUACACAUCGAGUCACGUCCGUAUCCGUGUCCCGAAUGCGGUAAGCGCUUCCGUCAACAGUCGCACCUAACGCAACAUUUACGAAUACAUACGAAUGAGAAGCCGUUCGGUUGUUUGUAUUGUCCGCGUUUCUUCCGACAGCGCACCAUACUGAAUCAGCAUAUUCGUAUACACACCGGCGAGAAGCCGUACAAGUGCGCGCAGUGCGGUAAAGAUUUCCGUCAGAAGGCCAUAUUGGAUCAGCAUACACGCACUCACCAGGUAGGCGAUCGUCCAUUCUGCUGUCCGAUGCCAAAUUGCCGACGUCGCUUUGCCACCGAAAACGAGGUGACCAAGCACAUCGACAACCACAUGAAUCCGAACACGACCAAGAGGCCUCGCCAAAGCAAUCCGAAUACACAGAAUGCCGCCAACAACGCCAACAACAAUCCGAAUGCCAACAGUCAUGCUGCCGCCGCAGCCGCAGCAGCCGCGGCUAAUCAUCUCAUGAACGAGACAAAGAAUGCGGCACAGCAAUUCCUCAACAACAACAAUCCGGCAGCGGCAGGUGGCGAUAAUAAAGCGAAUAUAAUACCACGCGCAAUGGCGGCCGUACAGAAUGCAGCCGUACAACAGUCUGUGGUCAAGAAUGAACUGUACUUCCCGCAGUGUUAUGGACCGCCCUUCCAACAACCAUUUCAAACACAAGGACAGCCCACAGCGGCGCAUAGCGGUGGCGCAGCCACCCAGCAGCCAGUAAAUGUGACGGUGCCGAAUUCGGUGGCGCCUGGAGUGGUGGUGCAACAAAAUACGCCCACAUCGGUGGUGGCUCAGUGACAUCCCACCACAACAACAGC